AUGGCCCCAGACAAAGUCGUCAUUAUCACGUUCACUUUGCUAUUGUUUACGAACUUUGGUAACAUUCUUGGCGCGGCUGUCAAUAGCUUCGCGACGCAGAAUACGCUCGCCUACUACCUCAAGUACCUCGUUCCAGGUCUGGACAAGGCGGCUGUGGUUGACACGAACCCAUCUGCUCUCCACCGGCGACUGUUGCGGGCCAUACACUGGACAUUCUUCCAGUAUGCGGUCACGGGUGACCUGAACAUCCCAGGAAACACAAACAGCAUCCGCAUCCAGCGGCCACUCGACUCCUCCAGCCCACAGCCCAGACCCAAGGAAGAUGAAUCGUCGCGUAUCGUCCCCUAA